AUGAAGCGAAGUGCCGUCACACCCAACAACUCCACCUUUCCCUUCCUCUUAAAAGCAUGUGCCACACUUUCCCAUCUCCCAAACUCCCAAAUCAUCCAUGCCCACGUCCUCAAAUCCCGCUUUCAAUCCAACAUUUACGUGCAAACCGCAAUGGUUGAUAUGUAUGUCAAGUGUGGUCAGUUGGUAGAUGCACAUAAUGUGUUUGUUGAAAUGCCCGACAGGGAUAUUGCUUCUUGGAAUGCAAUGCUGUUGGGUUUUGCUCACUCUGGCUUUCUUGAUAGGAUGUCUUGUCUUCUACGUCAGAUGAGGCUUUCGGGGAUUCGUCCCGAUUCAGUCACUGUCUUGCUACUCAUUGACGCUAUUUUGCGCGUGAGAAAUCUGACUUUUUUGGGUGCAGUUCAUUCCUUUGGGAUUCGAAUUGGGGUUCAUUAUGAUCUUUCCGUGGCUAACACUUUGGUUUCUGGAUAUGCCAAGUGUGGUCACUUGUGUUCGGCACAGAUGGUGUUUGAUGAAAUUGACACUGCUCUGAGGUCUGUUGUGUCCUGGAAUUCCAUGAUUGCAGCAUAUGCGAAUUUUGAAAAGUAUGUCAAAGCUGUUAAUUGUUACAAAGGGAUGCUAGAUAGUGCGUUUUCCCCAGACAUUAGCACAAUUCUCAAUUUGCUUUCGUCAUGCGUAGAACCUAAGGCACUUUUUCAUGGUUUGCUUGUACAUUCUCAUGGAGUUAAGUUGGGUUGUGAUUCUGAUGUAUGUGUGGUGAAUACUCUUAUUUGUAUGUAUUCCAAGGGCGGGGAUAUUCAUUCGGCAAGAUUUUUGUUUGAUUGCAUGUCUGACAAAACUUGUGUAUCAUGGACUGUAAUGAUCAGUGGGUACGCUGAGAAAGGAUAUAUGAGUGAGGCAUUGACCUUGUUCAAUGCAAUGGAAGCUGCGGGUGAGAAACCGGAUUUGGUUACUGUGCUUGCACUGAUUUCAGGUUGUGGCCAGAUGGGGGCGCUUGAACUUGGAAAAUGGGUUGACAAUUACUCUGUUAACAAAGGAUUGAAAUAUAAUGUUGUAGUUUGUAACGCACUAAUUGACAUGUAUGCCAAGUGCGGAUCUUUUAAUGAUGCUAAGGAGCUUUUCUAUGCCAUGGCUAACAGAACUGUCGUUUCCUGGACUACCAUGAUUACUGCCUGUGCUUUGAAUGGAGAUGUUAAAGAUGCUUUGAACCUAUUUUUUAUGAUGUUAGAAAUGGGGAUGAAACCAAACCACAUAACAUUUCUUGCUGUUCUCCAAGCUUGUGCACAUGGAGGUUUACUAGAAAGCGGAUUGGAGUGCUUCAACAUGAUGACACAAAAGUAUGGCAUAAGCCCUGGUAUAGACCAUUAUUCUUGUAUGGUUGAUCUUCUUGGUCGUAAAGGACAUCUCAGAGAAUCUUUAGAAAUUAUUAGAAGUAUGCCUUUUAAACCUGAUGCUGGCAUAUGGAGUGCAUUGCUCUCUGCUUGCAAACUUCAUGGUAAGAUGGAGAUGGGUAAGUACGUGUCUGAACAGCUAUUUGAAUUGGAGCCCCAAGUGGCAGUUCCAUACGUGGAGAUGGCUAACAUAUAUGCAUCAGCUGAAAUGUGGGAUGAAGUUGCAGAUAUUAGAAGGAGGAUGAAAUAUCUUCAACUGAGGAAAUGUCCUGGGCAAAGUAUUAUUCAAGUGAAUGAGAAAUCUACUAUAUUUACAGUUGAGGAUAGGGAUCACCCUGAAACCUUGUACAUAUAUGAUAUGCUAGAUGGCUUGGCUUCCCAUUCUAAAAUGGGACUACUAGGUUAUGCAGAGGAGAUUGUUGAAGGUUGGGAGUGA